UGCGCAGUGAUUGUCAAAAUGGCUGCCAUCAUUGUGCAUGCUGGAGCAGCAGCCCAUAAAACUGUUCUCCAGAGAGAAGGAUGUGAGAAGGCUGCACAAGAAGCAUACAAACUACUGACUGAGGGGAAGUCUGCACUGGAUGCUGUUGAGGUGGCUGUGUGUGCUCUGGAGGACAAUCCUCUCAUGGAUGCUGGCCAUGGCUCAGUACUGAAUGCAGCAGGAGAAGUGGAAAUGGAUGCUAUGAUUGCAGAUGGAUCAUCACUCAACUAUGGGUCUGUGGCUGGAGUGAGGAACAUCUCUAACCCCAUCUCUCUGGCUAGAAUGGUGAUGGACGACACACCUCAUGUGAUGCUCAUUGGAGAAGGGGCCAACCUGUUUGCCAAGGAAAAGGGGGUACCUGAGGUGGACCCUGAUGAACUGGUCACUGCAGAAGCAAAGGAGGCCUACCAGACGUUCAAGCAAUACUCUAGUGUGGUGGAUAAUGUGUUCAACACGGAUGACAACUUAGGACAUGACACUGUAGGAGCCGUGGCCAUUGAUCUCCAUGGCAACAUAGCAGCCGGGACCUCAACUGGUGGAAUCUCGUUGAAGCGUGUUGGACGAGUAGGGGAUUCCCCUCUGAUUGGGUGCGGGGGAGUUGCUGACAAUGGAGUGGGAGGCGUGUCAUGUACUGGUCAUGGAGAGUCCAUUGCUAAAGUGUUACUAGCACAGAGGUCCUUAUCAACACUGCAGGCCAAGAAUGGUGUAGAUGCUGAAGGUGCCCUGAGGGAAUCUCUGGAGUACAUGUUGGAACGUGUUGGUGGGCGUGGUGGGACCAUCAUGGUGACAAAAAAUGGUGACGUGGCAAAGCACUACACUACCAGGAGAAUGGCCUGGGCCUCUGUCAGCAAGACAGGACAACUGGACUCUGGACUAUAGCUUAUGUUGGGCUACUUUCAUUCACUAAUUUCAUGUCUCGAAACAUUCUAUGAUUGAUAAUACUGUGCUAUAAUAAUUAUAUCAUGUACUAAAGUAAGGAAUGAC